UUAUAUUUCCGCUUGUCUUCGAGAUUAAAAUCUGUUAUUGUAUUGAAUUGAUAAACUUGAAACUAGAAAAAUAAUAUUGAUUUGUAUACAAACAAAUCGACACAGGUUCUAGGUGUAUUGGCAUAAUGUUGUGAUAUUGAAAAUGGCUGCUUUAUUUUCGUGUACAAAAUGCCACAAGAGAUACCCAUUUGAUGAACUAUCCCAAGGAGAACAAUUGUGCAAGGAAUGUAGAAACAAUUAUCCUACAGUUAAGUGCACUUAUUGCAGAGCUGAAUUUCAACAAAACAGCAAAGGAAGUACAAGUUCUAUUUGUGCUAAGUGUGCUCAGAAUGUCAAACAUUAUGGAAAGCCCACCGCUUGUGAAAACUGCAGUGUUUUAGCAGCUUUCAUUGGCAAUCGUUGCCAGAGGUGUGUCAACUCUGAAAAGAAAUGGGGUCCUCCGAUGGUCUGCGAACAGUGUAAAUUAAAGUGUGCUUUUGAUCGCCCUGAGCGUAGAAAGGUUGAUGGAAAGCUAAUGUGUUGGCUGUGUGAUCAAGCUUACAAGAGAGUUUUAGCUAAGACAAGAAAAUCUCAAGAUAUAAUUCUCAAGACCUCAAGAUCCUCCUCAUCUUUAAUAGAUACGUCAAGUAAAUCAAACACACCGACUAAUAAUGGGGAGAAAUUCUCAUCAAAUCAACCUUCCUCUGGCUCUUUUGAGGGCAUGACAGUUUUAGAACGUUUAACAAAACUGGCAACUAGUGGCGGCAGCAGCCGAGGCAAUACUCCACCUGUGGAGGCUAAACAAGAAGGGGAGAACAGAUCAGUGGAAAAGGUGGGAAGUGCUGGAGAGGAAGAUAUCAAAGAGGAUAAAGAGAAACCUCGGUCUCACAAUCGACAUCACCACCGAAAGCAUCACCAUCAUCACCAUCGCUCCUCUCACUCUAAGAGACAUCAUCAGAAGGAGGAAGAAGAGUCAAGUGAUGCAAAAAAACAAAAGGCAGAGAAGAAUUCAACAAAUGGGGUCACAGCACCGGCCAAUCCUGCAGCAGCAGCUACUGUUUCAACACCUAAGAGCACUGGAAGCACAAUUUCUGAGACUGGGAUGGAUACAGCCACUUCUGAAAAUGUUAUACUCAUUACGCAGCUGAGAGAACAGAUAGAGAGUCUGAAGAAACAAAUGUCAAACAAAGAUCAACAACUCCUGGAGAAAGAUAAAAAGAUAACAGAACUCAAAGCUCAAAUGUAUGAGAGUGACAAAGAGUUUCGGUCUAAAGUUCAAGCUAUGCAGCGAGGUCAUGCCACAGCUAUUGAGACAUUGCAGAUUAAAAAUCGAGAGCUGACGAGGCAAGUGUCGUCUCUGACAAAAAGCAAGAAAUCAGUGGAGCCAACAUCUUUAACUUUAGGGACAUCAUAAAGACAUCCUCAUCUUCAGAGUAUCAUUUAAACACGUUUCAGUGUUUUGUGCUUUUUUUUUUUUUUACUUUUUGUGUGUGAGAUCAUGUUCAGCAAUUCUAUUCUAGUAAUGUCCUUGAACUGUCAUUGUACCAAUAGUUUUACAUUUUGAAAUGAUUGAAACUACAGUAUCUCAAGUAUUUUUUAAGCAAAACUGUUUUUCACUUGAAACUUUUAGCCCUUCACAAGCUCUUGUUAGAUUUUUUAACUUAAAGCAAAGUUACCUUCUAUUUUAGAUUCAUUCAACUCCGACAAACUAAUUGGAGUGAAGAUUAUUUUGUUGACGUGUGUGAAGUGAUUGCUGGCCAGUCUAAAAUUAUAAAGAGAUACUUCUCAACUCUUAACAUUUCUUUUUUUAAAUUCUUAAUUAUUUUAGAUCAUCCAUAUUUACAUCGGUAACGUAAGCAUUAGGGUGUUAAAUUUAUGGUGGGAUAAUGUGUUUUGAAAACAGUAACCCGAAUCAGGUCUUCUAAAAUUAUUGACUACAGUACCCUGUUGAAGAGUUCGACAAAAUUGCUGCCAUUAUCAUAUCAGUUUGAGAAUAUUGGUAGAAGUGACUGCAAGGAAAGCAUUCAUUGUUCAUUUGUUUUUAUUUGGUACACUGUUUACUUUUGUUUAUAGAAAAAGAGAUAAAUAUAAAUAGAGAUCAUUUUUUAGCGUGUCUAGUUCUGGAUAAUAUUCAUCUAAUAUAAUUUUUUUUUUUUUUUUUUUUGCAUAAAAACAAGAGAAAAAUUGAAACAAUAGAAAAACAAAGUCAUUAAAUAUGUAUCUAAAAGGCAAAUAAUAUUCCUGAUUCAUUGUACAACAUUAUUAUUUUGGUUGAUUUUAUCUUCUUUUAAACAUUUUUUUUUUUGCUGUUUUACGCUUGUGCAAUUUGUUGUUGUUGUUUUUUUUUGUCCUCAUCAUAUAUAUUUUUAUUGUUUCACAUUUUAAAGCCUUUAAACUUGAAAUAUUUUCGGCUGGCUAGUCUUGUGGUUUCUUUUCAGGAUAUUAUGAUUUGUAGUUUAAUUACCAUCAUUGUCAUUCCCUUUGGUCCCAUCAAGUUUUGGUAAAGUGAAUGUUACUGUUUCAUAUUUUCAGGGAAUGGUGGUUACAGUAAAAAAAAAUAAUAUUUUUUUGUCAAAUUUUAUCACUAUAUAUAUACAAAUUUUUAUAAUAUCAUUCAUUUAAAACCAUGGAAUAUUUUUUUAACACAAAGUAGCAGAGAGUUGUUUGUUGUCUUUUUCUCAUUUUUAGCAAACACAAAUCAUCUAUAAUAAAUAUUUGUAACAAUAUUGUAAAAAAAAAUAAUUUUUAGAUGUACAUCAUAUUAAUUUAGUUAUUACAUUUUGUAUUUAAUAUUGGACUUGUAUGAAGAGACAUAUCUUGUAAUGUAUGAAUGAGUGCUAAUGUUCUGUGCUGUUUAAUAAUUUAGAAUUCAUGUGUGAAUAGGUAAGAAAUUAAUGGAAUCAGGCUGUCAGUUUAAGAUGGGCUUAGUGAAGUUUAUUUGUAUAAUAAUAUAUUUUUAGCGAAUUUCAUUUCUUUUUAGUUUUUACAAAUGUUUAAUUAUCAGUGUAAGACAGCAUAAGAAGUAUCAUUAUCUUUAAAACUUAACAAUAAGAGUUGGUAUUUGUAUGUUGCCUUAACAAUAUAGUGAUUAAAGUAGUCAUCAAACAGAAAUAAAAUUUAAAAAAAAUGCUCUCUAUUUCAUAGCUCAUGACAUUUUAAUUUUAGUUUCAAUAUUGUAGGUCAUCAAAACAGAGGGGAACUUGUUUGAUGUUUGAAACACACAAGAUUUCAUGGGGCUUGUUUUAGCAAUAGGAGAAACAAAGAUGUUUACAAAAUAUUUCAUUUAUUAGUUGGUGGUAAUUUUAUUUUCAUCUAGAGCUCAGGCUUCAAUAUUAAUUUUUUUUUUUUCUUUUUGGCUUGUGUGCUAUUUUGUCUUUUUAACUGUUGUAACUCAAUAGAAUAUGAUUUGAGUUGAAUUUCAUUGUAGUUUCCUCUUAUCUUUGUUUCCAAUGAAGAAACUAAAACAUGCUAGAUAAAACACUUUAUUGUAUUUAUGACAGAUACUUUAUGUUACUUGAAACUUUUCUUGAUAGAUACUUAUUCUGCACAAAUUUGGGAUUGUAUUAUUCAUUAUAAAAAAAAAAAAUAAAACUAGAUUAGAAUUAGAGUUUUUUUGUUUCUUACUGACUAAACCUUGUGCAUUUUCUUUUUGUUCCUGGGUAUUAUUGUUUAUGAUGUUGCCUGUACACAGUGAUGAUAUCUGUUGAUAUACAUUUUUAUGUCCGAUUAUCACCUGACUUACUUGUUUUAUUGGUCAUGUUGUAGAACUGUUGGUUUAUUACACUGCAGACAGACUGUACCAUUUUUUUUUUUUUUUUUUUAAUGACUUUUUUCAGUGUUUUUAUUCUCAGUGUUUGUGUGCAAAGUGAAGUCUCACACAAUCAUCUUUUUGUUUCCUAGAGCUAGGACUUGCUGGCUAAAGCAUUGACAUAUAAACAUACUACUUGUGAACAAUGGAGAUGAAACUGUAAAUCUUAAGGUAACCACAAAGACAGAUGUAAAAGAAGCUUAUUGUCAUUGUUUCAAUGUAAAAAAAAAACAUUGGAGUAUCAUUUGAAAACUUGUUUCUUUCAGCUUCAUAAACUUUGUUGACAAGUUCCCCAUGAAUUAUUCACUGUGUCAAUGUAAAUGACAAGAUUUUGUCCAAACUGUUUAUUCUGUAGCAGUGUCCUAGAAUAAAUGUUUCAUACAGUUUGAUCCAAACGAGAUGCUGAAGGUAUUGUAUAUAGUCAAUGUGUAUUGGUGGUCAUAUACAAACCUUUUAUAAGAUGUCUUAUAGAAUUCAAUGAAGAAGAGAAAUAAAUAAAUAUCUUAAGAACUAUUCUGAGGAAGUUCAUUUUAUUGUACAAAUAUUGAUUGCAUGUUUUGGAUAGAAGCAGCAAACAGUUCAACUGGCUGCUAGACAAGUGUUCAAAACUCCCUAGACUUGAGCAUCUGUUUCUCCAAACACUGAACUCUUGUGUUUAUAGGUUGUUGUAGUACAUUGUAAUCCCAGCAUGCAAUGUAUGCACUUGGGAAUAACUUCCUAGUUGUUGGACACCAUUAAAGUUCAAAGGACACA